AUGCUAUCGAGCCCCACAAACGACGAUACGUGCGCCUAUGCACCGAGCUCGACGCCAAAAGCCAGCGCGCCUCCAGUCUCAAGGACGCCGGUCAAAGUGCCUCUCGCCAAGCUCUUUUCGUUUGCUGACAAUACGGACAAGGUCCUCAUCGCGCUCGGUACCUUGAGUGCCAUGGUCACGGGUGUCCUCCAGUCCAUCCAAAUCGUCUUCUUUGGUGAUGCCCUCAACGCCGUGGGCCCCAACCGCCUGAGCGACGAUACCGAAAACUUCCGUGCGGGCAUCCGCCGCAUCGUGAUCCAGUUUGCUGUUGUCCCGAUUGCACUUCU